AUGCCGUGCACAGAUGCCAAGGAGUCGGGGGAGGAGCUGCUGCUGCAGUUCGUGCAAGAGGCCCUGGUCCUGAAGUCCAGUGGAGGGCGCACCGGCCUCUAUGACCAGCUGGUGACGGAGGUGCGGCGCCUGAAGCUGGCGGCGGGGGCCGGCGAUCCCGACGCCGGCGUUGCGCUGCUGGGCGUGCUGCGCCCGCUGACCGGCAGCGUCUCCUGCGUCAGCACCUCGGCGCACGAGGCGCUGCUGCGCGAGGCGCUGGACCUGCCGCUCUGGCGCGUCGCGCCCGAGGUUCGCGCCGCGGCGCUGGACCUGGUGCUGCACCUGGCGGCGGCCGUGGGCGCGGCAGUGCAGCCCUGCCUGCAGACGCUGGUGCACGGACUCCUGCCGCCGCCGGGUCCCCCCGCGCCAGACACCCUGGGCCAGGCCUGGGCCCCUGCGCCGGGGUCCCUCCAGAUCCAGGACGAGGUCAUCGAGACGCUGGGCAAGGUGCUGGUGCUCGUCCCCACGGCGGCCCCCCGUGUCCUCCCUCUCCUCACCGAGGGCUUCCCCCACGUCCUGCGAGACCGCGCCGUGCACUGCCUCUACGUCCGCGCCCUCCUGCGCAUCAGCGAGGGCCCCGCCGGAGGGUUGGUGCGCGAGGCGCUGCUGGCCGCAGUGGUCCAGCAUCUUCUGUCCCUGGACGUCGAGAUACGAUGGGAGGACAUCGUGGAUGUGAUGACGGAGGAGGCACGAGAGGAGGAGGGCGGCGGCGUGUCAGAGGAGGAGGUGGACAUGUUUGAGCUGGAAGGCAUGACCGCCCAAGAGGCCGAGAUGGGGGGCAGGAACGCCCUCCCAGGGUCGAGGGGCGGCUGGGAAGGCGGCGCCGCCCUCGCCCCUGGCCUGAGGCGCCAGGACUCGAGCGCGUCGGCACGGCGCCUGACCUCAAACGGGCAGCCGCUGCGCGCCGUGAACGAGAUGGCGGACAAGCUGGACUCGUUGAUGGAGCUGGUGCUAGAACACCUAGCCGCGCGCGCGGCCAGCGGCGGCCUCCCUGCCGCAUUCCGCACGCUGCUCGCCGUGUUCGAGCGCCGCAUCCUCCACGCCCACCGCUCCAAGUUCGUGCAGGCGCGCUUCCUGCCCGAGUCACAGGUGGUGGCGGCGCUGACGCGCAUGCUGGCUUGGGCGCAGCAGUACGCCGCCUCCAGCAGGCAUGCCGGCCUCCCCCGCAUCCCCUCCGGCAGCGUCUUCCAGGCGGCCGACGCGGCGGAGGUGACGCACGCCGCCUUCCACGCCGCGGUGCAGGGCGCUCUGUACGUGCUGUGCUACCACCUGGACGUGCUGGUCUUCUUCCCCUUCGACCCCUACCUCCUGGCGCGCUCGGCGCAGCUCCUGGACCUGGACUCCACCUUCCUGGCCUGGCGCCGGGGACAGGGUGCCGACCGGGUGGCGGGCGACUCGGGGGACGAGGAGGGCGUGGAGGAUCAGGAGAUCGACUCCGACGCCUGCACCAGCGACUCUGGGUCGGAGUCGGAGUCGGACUCCGACUCCUCGUCCACCUCGGACGCCUCCUCGUCCGACAGCGGCGCGGAUGAGGAUGACCCCAAACGCACCCGCUUCGGCUCCCUGCCCUUGUCCUCCGGCGCGUCCGGGGAGCAGCGGUGGGAGCCCAUAAAGUUUGUGCGGCGGCCUCGGGCCGGCCCGCCAGCUCAGCACCCCAGCAACCUGCCCGCCGCUUCCCCCGUCCUCUCCGGCGCCAUGCUGGGGUCCAGCGCGGAAGCGGCGCCCGGCGCGUUUGUCGCCGGCGCGUCCAUGAGCAGCGACGGCGGGUUCGGGUCCCUGCCGGCCACCGAGCGCGGCGCAGCCUGGGCGGCCCUGCGCUGGCCCAGGGAUGGGCCGGUGCCCAUGUCCUGCACCCCGGGCACCUGA